AGGUCAGCUUGCUAAGUGUUGAAGAAAUGAUUUGGGGGAUUAUUCGCCGCAAAGUCAUUUCGCCGAAGGUUUUGGGAGAGUCAGUACAGAGAAUUAGGCCUGCAGUGUCGGUGUCGGGGCCACAAUGUUACAGGACUAUGCGGAAAGAGCUUUCAAAAAUCAAGGUACAAUGGCAGUAGUAGUAAGCUGUAACAACCAAGCUCAAAUCCUCAAAGCUUGGACCAAGUUAUUCCCUAAAGGAGAUGCUUUGUGGGGAGAAGUCAUGGCUGCCCUGUUUGCAAUCUCAUGUGCUUCAGAAGCUGGUUAUUCCCUAAUCAUCAUCAAAAGUGAUGCAGCCAAUGUGCUAAUGCCCCUCAAGGAACUUGCUUCUACCCCUUGCUGGCUGAUUGCUUCCAGAAUUGAAGACAUUCAUUUUUUGGCCUCUCAUAAUAGAAGUCAUUCUUUUUUGGGCUUUGCUCAUUGGGCAAGGAUUUGAGUGUAUCCAGAGAUCUGGCUACCACAUUUUGUUAGGAGGUCAUGCCCAUUCAACGCGGAGGUUAGUGAGCUCAAGCUUUUAUGUUUUAUGCAGCCCUUCCUCACCCCAGAGCUACCAAGAAAAUCUGUUUCCAACUAGAAGUUACUGCACUAUUUCAAACAGAGCACUUUGUUCGAUUGAAGAAUAGAUCAUUCUCUUCAGACAACGGAGACAUAGUUGCAGCUGUCGUUCCUUUCAUGGGCGAAUCUAUAACUGAUGGCACUUUGGCAACAUUCCUAAAGAAGCCUGGUGACAGAGUAGCAGUCGAUGCGCCUAUUGCUCAAAUUGAAACUGAUAAGGUGACAAUUGAUGUAGUUAGUCCUGAAGCUGGCACCAUUCAAGAGUUUGUGGCCAAGGAAGGUGACACUGUGGAACCAGGUACCAAGAUUGCUUUCAUCUCAAAAUCAGGUGAAGGCGUAACAGUAACACAAGCACCAUCAGAAAAUGCUGCUGCUCAGGCACCACCUCCUGAACAGAAGGAAAGUGUUGAGAAGCAAAUCCCCAAAGCAGAAACUGCCCCUGUCAAUGAGAAGAUUAAAGAACCAUCUCCAUCACAACCCAAGGCAAAAGGAACUUCUCCUCCUAAAGCCACAGCUUCAGAACCCCAGCUUCCUCCUAAGGAUAGGGAAAGACGAGUUCCCAUGACAAGACUCAGGAAACGGGUUGCAACACGAUUGAAAGAUUCUCAGAAUACAUUUGCUUUGCUGAGCACAUUUAAUGAGGUUGAUAUGACUAACUUGAUGAAGCUCCGUUCAGAUUAUAAAGAUGCCUUUGUUGAAAAGCAUGGGGUCAAAUUAGGACUUAUGUCGGGCUUCGUGAAAGCUGCUGUUAGUGCACUUCAGAGUCAGCCAGUUGUCAAUGCUGUAAUUGAUGGUGAAGAUAUCAUAUAUCGAGAUUACAUUGAUAUCAGCAUUGCUGUAGGCACUCCUAAGGGCCUUGUUGUCCCAGUUAUACGCAAUGCUGAGAAUAUGAACUUCGCUGAGAUAGAGAAGCAGAUCAAUACUCUAGCUAAGAAGGCAAAUGAUGGUUCCAUAUCAAUUGAUGAGAUGGCUGGAGGUACAUUCACAAUAUCAAAUGGUGGAGUCUAUGGAAGUCUUUUAAGUACACCAAUCAUCAACCCACCACAGUCGGCUAUAUUAGGCAUGCACUCAACUGUGACCCGUCCAAUGGUUUUUGGGGGCAAUAUUGUUCCAAGGCCUAUGAUGUAUAUUGCAUUGACAUACGAUCAUCGGCUGAUUGAUGGGAGAGAGGCUGUGUUUUUCUUGCACCGUAUCAAAGACGUUGUGGAGGACCCUCGGAGGCUUCUCCUUGAUAUAUGAAGUCUCUGCUGAAUACCUGAUGUGCUGGUACACAUGCAAUUGGGCAGAGUUAAAAAAUUUCUUAGUGGGAGAGAGAGAGAGGAGCAACAGAUUGCUCAAAAUGAAACUCAAUAAAGACCAACAAAAUAUCGGUAUGAAAGCAACGUCCAGUUAAUCCUUUAGAGGUGUGAGUUAUAUUUACGGUUUACCCAUAAAAAAUUUUCACUUUCUAUCAACGUUCAAUUUGGUUCUUGUGAAGAAGAUUUGAAAUAAAGGUGAAGAUUUCCUUUUUCCCCACAAUUUCUAUUAUAAGGUAAUUUUAUUAAGCACAAGAAGGUGCCAAUUGUGCUGCCUAUUGGAAUUGUGCAGAUCCUAGACUUGUAAAAACACCUUACAAUUAUUUUAUCACAUUGAUCCUACAAACACUUUCUUAAAACGUUCAA